AUGAAUGGAAAUUGUUAUUUACAUCGGCCAUCAUCAAUUGGCAUUCUUGCUUGUGAACUUUAUAUACCAUCGAUUUAUGUUGAUCAAUCAUCUUUAGAAGCGUAUGAUAAUGUUUCAAAAGGCAAAUAUACAAUCGGUUUAGGACAAAAACGUAUGGCAUUAUGUUCUGACCAUGAAGAUAUAUGUUCAUUAUGUUUAACUGUUCUAUCGCGUUUACUUGAUGAAACUGGUGUUAAUCCACAAGAAAUAGGUCGUUUAGAUGUUGGAACAGAAACAUUAGUUGAUAAAGCUAAAUCUAUUAAGACUGUUCUUAUGCAAUUAUUUGUUGAACAUGGAAAUACAGCUGUCGAAGGUGUUGAUAAUAUGAAUGCAUGUUACGGUGGAACAGCAGCAAUAUUUAAUGCUAUUCAUUGGAUUGAAUCAAGUUUUUGGGAUGGAAGAUAUGCAAUUGUCGUUAUGGGUGAUAUAGCUGUUUAUGCAAAAGGCAAUGCUCGUCCAACUGGCGGUGCUGGUGCCUGUGCUCUCCUUAUUGGUCCUAAUGCUCCACUUGUUUUUGAACCUGGUUGUCGUUCAACACAUAUGACCAAUGUUUAUGAUUUCUAUAAACCUAAUUUAAGCUCACCGUAUCCUGUUGUUGAUGGCCAUUUGAGUGUUCAAUGUUAUACAUCCGCACUGGAUACAUGUUAUACACAAUAUUGUACAAAAGCACGAACGCAUAUCGAAUCUCACUCCGGUACAGUAUCAACAGAUGAAAUAAAUUUAUCAACCUUUAUUGGCAUUGUUUUUCAUACACCUUAUGUAAAACUCACACAAAAAUCUUUAGCAAGAUUAUAUUUAAAUGAUAUUGUUCGUAAUUGUUCAUAUUUGCCAAGUAAUGUAAUUGAGAAAUAUCAAUAUCUAGGUAUGUGUGCAGGAUCCGAUGAUAAAGACCUUGAACGUGAACUUAUUCAAUUAAGUCAGGAAUUAUAUGAACAAAAAACAUUGCCUGGACUUUAUUUUUCACAAAAUAUGGGAAAUAUGUAUACACCAUCUGUUUACUAUAGCUUAUUUUCAUUUCUGAGCAGUAAACCCGAUGCAGAGCAAUUAUAUGGUCAACGUAUUCUUUUGUUUUCAUAUGGUUCCGGUUUAGCGUCAUCUAUGUACAGUCUUGUUUGUCGGAAAGUACAGGAAUCUCGUUUUACACUUACACAACUACAAAAAAGUAUAAGACGAGCGCGACAUAUACUUGAUCAUGAAAGAACAGAAUUAGCACCCGAUUUAAUUGAUAAAUUAUUAACAGAACGAGAGAAAAAUGAUCAUAAAGUGCCUUUCGUACCAUCACAACCCAUUGAAAUAUUAAAAUUGGGUGAUAUAUAUUUAAAAUCUAUUGAUAAAAAUUAUCGACGUUUUUAUGAAAAAUUUCAUGCUGAUGAUACUUCUAUGAAUAAAAAUAAAGAUAUCCAACAACUUUAUACUCAAUAUUUUCAUGAUCAUCAAAUGAAUGGUUCUACAUAA